AUGAUUCUCAAUUUCUUUAUGACACCUGACAUAGGAAAGACCUCGUAUUCCAGGUUCAAAAGAAGCAUCAUGAGAAAGCGUGCAGCUCAGGAUCCCAUGGCUAGCAGCCCAAUAUCCACAAGGUGGCAGCAAAGCUAUGAAAAAGAACAGGAACGCACCUCUCACAGCCAGUCAACUGACUGUUCUGUUUCUUCCUCUGAUGAGUAUUGGAGGACCCCAGAGAAGAGGUCUUUAUUACCAUGUUUUACAGAAGUAUCCAACAACUGCAGCCCUGUCACUCAUAAACCUCCCAGAACAUUAGCACGGAACCUGACUCAGAAACCAGUGAGGAGGUUGCUUCUGCAUCAUCAUAAAAUGAAAUUUCGCCACCAGACAUGUCUUGAAGCUUUUGAUGACAAUAAGGAUGAGCCAUGCAACAGAUGUGAUAGCAGUAUACAGUUAUGUGAACAGGACACUUGCUCAUGGAAAGGUUGCCAAGAAACUAAACAGAAAAGAACAGUCGGUCGGACAUAUGUGGAAGAUAACUAUUAUUGUAGCAGUUUAAAACCCGAAGUAAAACUUCACCUUACCGGCCUUCACAACGAUUAUUAUCUAAAUCUACUAGACUGGAAUUUAGAAAACCACAUUGCUAUUGGAUUGAAAUCAACUGCCUAUAUUUGGAGUGGAGAAAACAAUACAUUAACUCAAAAAAUACAUUUACCUUCACCCUCAACAUAUGUUUCAUCUGUUUCGUGUAUAAAAGCCGGAGAUUGCUUAGCAAUUGGCACAAAUAAUGGAGAAGUACAGCUGUGGGACAUUGAAACUCAGAUGAGGUUGCGCAAUAUGGUUGGCCAUAUAUCAGUAGUCGGAGCCUUGAACUGGAAUGGGCACAUCCUUACCAGCGGCUCUCGACUCGGACAUAUACACCAUCAUGAUGUCCGAAUUGCGCAGCACCAUGUUGGAACUCUGAAUCAUAAGCAAAGUAUUUGUAGUCUCAGAUGGUCUCCAUGUGAGAAACGUCUAGCCAGUGGCUCAAGUGAUGGAGACCUCAAUAUCUGGCCCUAUGACCCAGGAACAGCUAUGCGUAAUGCGCCAUUGCACAGUAUAAAACAUCCUACAGCAGUAAAGGCUAUGAACUGGUGUCCAUGGAUUUCUGAAAAUCUGGCUGUAGGAGGUGGUAUGGGAGAUGGACACUUGCGUAUCUGGGAUACAAACACUGGCAAAAAUAUUCAUUCUGCAAGCACAAAUUCACAGAUUUGUUCCCUCCUUUGGUUACCUGAGACAAAACAACUGUUGACUGGUCAUGGUCCACCCAAAAAUCAAAUGACUGUUUGGCAAUACCCAUCUUUAUCAAAAGCUACCGAUUUGUCUGAACACAGCGGAAGAGUUUUGCACCUUGCUUUAAGUCCAGACCAGAAAAGAAUAUUCUCUGCAGCAGCCAAUGGAACAGCUUGUAUAUGGAAAAACAGCCAAUGA